GCCGCGGGCGCGGCCAUGGCGGACCCGGCCCGGGACGCGCUCGGUGCCGCCGCGCCGGAGCCGCCGCCCGCGGGCUCCUCCCCGCCCGCCGCCGGCGAUGGGGCGGCGCCCGCGGGGGAAGCGGCGGCCGCAGAGGGAGCGGGGGAAGGCGAGGUGGGGGAGGCUGGCGGUGGCGGCGAGCUGAAGGCGGAGGUGGCGGACGGGGAGGUGAGGAGCGCGGACGGGGAGGCGGCGGACGGGGAGGAGCCGGGGCUGCAGGCGUGCGCGGCCAGGAAGGCGAAGCUGGAGCUGAAGGAGCGGAAGGAGAAGAAACAGAAGGUGGACGAGGACGAGAUCCAGAAGAUGCAGAUCCUGGUCUCCUCCUUCUCCGAGGAGCAGCUGAACCGCUACGAGAUGUACCGCCGCUCCGCCUUCCCCAAGGCCGCCAUCAAACGGCUCAUCCAGUCCAUCACCGGCACCUCGGUGUCCCAGAACGUCGUCAUCGCCAUGUCGGGCAUCUCCAAGGUGUUUGUGGGGGAGGUGGUGGAGGAAGCUCUGGAUGUGUGUGAGAAGUGGGGGGAGCUGCCCCCCCUGCAGCCCAAGCACAUGAGGGAGGCCGUGCGGAGGCUCAAGGCACGGGGGCAGAUCCCCAACUCCAAGUACAAAAAGAUCAUUUUCCACUGAGGGAGGCUGGCAGCAGCUUCCUGUAGGACCUUCCCACCCAGACCCUUCCCCAAGGCCCCUCUGGGGUGGCCUGGGGGGCCUCCAGGAUGUUCCUGCUGUCCCUGCCCAGGCUGGGCAGAGCUGGAUGCACCCACGGCAGGGAGAGAACAUCCAGGGGCUGCAGAGCUUUUCCUGCUGGCCCAGAUGUGCUGUCCGUGCCCAGAUGUGUGGCUUUUUUUGUACAUUAAACUUAUUCUCGUGUUCAUAA